AUGAGGACAGAUCAGACAGAAAUGGAACUCACCCAGCUUUCACCUGUGACUACAGUCACUUUUAACUAUGACUACUAUGACGAUGACAACUGCCAGUAUCAGCAUCUGCAGCACAUGUCUACUUUCCUCUCUAUCCUGUACACUGCUGUGUUCCUGGUGGGCACAGUUGGCAACGGCAUCCUGAUAUUAGCCUUGAUCUUCAGGCGACAGGUCCAGAGGCUCAUCGACAUCUUUAUUAUAAACCUUGCUGCAUCCGACUUCAUCUUCCUCAUCACAUUGCCGUUCUGGGUGGACAUGGAAGCAUCGGAUGGCAGCUGGAGGGUAGGAUCUUUCCUCUGUAAAGCCAGUUCCUAUGUCAUCUCAGUCAACAUGUACUGCAGCAUCCUCCUCCUCACUUGCAUGAGUGCUGACCGGUACCUUGCUAUCAUGCAUCCUUCUAUUGCUAGACAGGUCAGAACAAGAUCCUACUCCAGUCGACUCUGUAUCUGUGUCUGGUUCUUAUCCUGCUGCUUAGGGAUGCCAACCCUUUUGUCCAGAGAACUGAAGAAGCAAUAUGGAAAGACUUAUUGCACAGACAAAGCUGUGACAGAAGCCAAACAGAUCAUGUCACUAAUGCUUUUAAUUCUGGCCUUCUUCUUCCCACUCUUGAGCAUCUUAACCUUUUACUGCACCAUCACCAGGAGACUCUGUGUGCAUUACCAGAGAGCUGGGAAACAUGGUAAGAAACUGAGAAAGUCCAUCAAGAUCGUCUUCAUUGUAGUGGCUGCUUUUGUUAUCUCCUGGGUUCCAUUCAAUCUUUUCAAGCUCAUGGCAAUCAUUCUGGGACUUCUGAAGCAGCCUGACUGUUUUCCCAACAUGGUUGCCCAGCUGGGCAUGAAGGUGAGCAGUCCUUUUGCUUUUGCCAAUAGCUGUGCAAACCCUUUCAUUUACUAUUGUUUUGACAGCUGCAUCCGCAGAGCCAUGCUCCGGUGGCUGUGCCCAUGGGUGAAAAUCAGCAGCAGCAGCACCAACUGUGAUACUCUGGACACCCGCCUGAGCCACUCCUUAUCCUUAUCCCCAGCAGGGGAGCACGCUGCUAGGAAGAGAAAGCGCUCUGUGUCCCUCUGA